AUGCCCACUCUCCAACAAAAUGAAAACAUCCGUUGCUUAACUACCCUUGGCCAUUUUGGUUUUGAAUGUCUGCCCUAUCAGUUGGUGAACAGGUCUAUCCAACAAGGAUUCUUUUUCAACAUUCUCUGUGUGGGGGAGACUGGAAUUGGAAAAACGACACUGAUUAACACACUGUUUAAUACCAACUUGAAGGAUAACAAAUCCUCACACUUUUACUCAAAUGUUGGACUUAAAGUGAAGUCGUAUGAACUUCAUGAAACCAACGUUCAGCUGAAAUUGACUGUCGUGAAAACAGUGGGGUAUGGUGACCAAAUAAACAAAGAAGCCAGUUACCAGCCUGUGGUUGACUACCUCGAUGCUCAAUUUGAGGCCUAUCUUCAGGAAGAAUUGAAGAUUAAACGUUCCAUCUUCGAGUAUCACGAUUCUCGAAUCCAUGCAUGCCUUUACUUCAUCUCACCUACAGGACAUUCUCUAAAGUCACUCGAUCUGUUAACAAUGAAGAACAUUGACAGUAAGGUGAAUAUUAUACCACUGAUUGCCAAAGCGGAUACAAUUUCUAAGAGUGAUUUACAAAAGUUUAAGAAUAGGAUAAUGAGUGAAUUGACCAACAGUGGCAUCCGGAUAUAUCAGUUCCCAUCUGAUGAUGAAACAACUACUCACGUAAACCCCUCGACCAAUGGAUUGUUACCUUUUGCUGUGGUAGGAAGUAUGGAUGAGGUGAAAGUUGGAAAAAGGAUAGUCAGAGGCCGUCACUACCCUUGGGGAGUUUUGCAAGUGGAAAAUGAAAACCACUGUGACUUUGUUAAGCUGCGUGACAUGCUUCUUUGUACCAAUAUGGAAGACCUGAAAGAACACACCCACUUUCAUCACUAUGAAUGCUACAGGUGCCGCAAGCUGCAGAACCUGGGCUUUACAGAUGUGGGUCCCGACAACCAGCCAGUGAGCUUUCAGGAGCUAUAUGAAACCAAGAGACAAGAGUUCCAGGACCAGUGCCAGUGGGAAGAGGAAGAGUUGAAGCAGAAGUUCAUGCAGCGAGUAAAGGAGAAAGAGACAUCAUUUAAAGAUGCUGAAAAAGAGUUGCAGGACAAGUUUGAGCACCUUAAAAAGGUUCAACAAGAGGAGAUAAUGAAGCUUGAAGAAGAUAGGAGGCAAUUGGAAGAAGAAAUCACAAACUUUUAUAAAAUGAAAACUGCCUCUGAACCAGGACCUACUCAGGCCCCCAGUACAAAGAAGGACAGAGAUCGUAAGAAAUAG